AUGGGCACACUUGUAGCAUUGGUUAUAAUUCAGAUUGGAAUUGGCCUUUGUAUCCACAGAAGGAAAUCCAUCAAGAACACCACAACUUUAUCUCACAUGGAUCCUAAUUUCAAAGGCUUGAUCAUUUUAUCCUAUAGAGAAAUUAAGGAUCUAACUGGGAGCUUUAAGCAUUGUCUUGGACCAAAGAGGUUCAAGGGUGUGCUUCCAAGCAACCAAGCAGUUGCAAUCAAGGACUUGAAGGCAGCUGUAUCAGAGAAGCAAUUCAGGUUAUCUCAAGCAUACCGCAAUGGAGUUAUGCAAUUUAUUGAUUUUGCUUUCACUCAUUCUUCACAAGCAGAUAGGAUUUUAUGUCCAUGCAUUAGAUGCAAUAAUUUGUUUUGGGUGACUAGAUGGGAUGCACGUGAUCAUCUUAUAUGUGAAGGAUUUAGUACUAAUUAUACCUUUUGGAAAUUUCAUGGGGAAGAAAGUGCUUUUGUUAUGCAUGAAUCUGGUAAUACAUUGAAUGGUGAUCCAUGCCCAAAUGAUGACAUGCGUGGAUUACAACAUAAUGCAUUUGGCUUCUCUUAUUCAAGUGAUGAAGAUAAUGAUGCGGAGCAGAAACCUAAAUAUAGCAAUGAUUUUGAAGGUGGAAAAUUUCUUAAGUUGUUAGAAGAUGCAGACAAGGAAUUAUACCCGGGUUGUAAGAAGUUUACUAAACUUUCUUUCAUUGUUGGGCUGUAUCAUAUAAAAUGUAUUUCAAAUUGGAGCAAUCAAUCAUUCACAAUGUUGCUUGAGUUGUUGAAGGAUGCACUCCCCACCGGUGAAACUUUGCCAAACUCAUUCUAUGAAGUUAAGAAGAUCAUUGUUGACUUGGGUCUUAGUUACAAUAAAAUAGAUGCUUGUCCAAAUGAUUGUAUGUUAUAUUGGAAGGAGGCUGCCAAUGACCAAUCAUGUUCUAAGUGUGGUGCUUCUAGAUGGGAUGAAGCUAAAAAUUCAAAUGGUGUGAUAGGAACCUCAUCCUUAAAGAAUAAGAAAAUUGUAGCAAAGAUAUUAUGCCAUUUUCCUUUAAAACCAAGGCUUCAGAGGUUAUUUAUAUCAUCACAUACAACCACAUUAAUGAGAUGGCAUGAAGAGGGGCGCACAAAAGAUGGAGUUUUAAGGCAUCCGGUAGAUUCCCCAACUUGGAAGACAUUUGACAAUCUACAUCCUGAUUUUAAUGCAAACUGUCGCAGUGUAAGACUUGGUUUAGCAGCAGAUGGUUUUAACCCAUUUAGGACCAUGAGUAUUACUUAUAGCACGUGGCCUGUUAUUUUAAUUCCAUACAACUUACCACCAUGGAUGUGCAUGAAACAAUCAUACUUCAUCAUUUUUUUACUUAUUUCUGGUCCUUUCUUACCGGGUAAUGAUAUUGAUGUUUACUUACAGCCUUUGAUAGAUGAUUUGAAAGAAUUGUGGGAAGUUGGAGUAAUUACUUUUGAUGCUUCCACCAAAAAAUUAUUUCCAUUAUAUGCUGCACUAAUGUGGACUAUUAGCGAUUUUCCUGCCUAUUCCAUGCUAUCAGGGUGGAGCACCAAAGGGCGCUAUGCUUGUCUUUGUUGCAAUAAGAAAACAAAUGCCCAGUACUGUUAUAUGGGUCAUCGGAGAUUCUUAGAACAUGAUCACAAGUUUAGAACUGACAAAAGAUCAUUUAAUGGAAAGAAUGACUUCAGAACUGCUCCACCUACAUUACAUGGGUCUGAUGUUUUAUCUCAAUUAGAAGGUUUCGUUAAUACUUUUGGUAAGAAGCCAAGUACCCCUACCAAUGAAAGCAAGAAAAGGAAGGUACAUAAUAAGUCCAAACAAAUUGAGGAGCAAGAUGGGUAG